AUGCUGGCAUCUCCUCUUCUUCCAUCCGCUCGCUUCGCGGACGAAACCAGUUACCGCCCGGCCAAGGAUCUGGACGCUUUCAACAAACUGCUUCCACCUCCAAUCGAGUUUAUUGAAGGCUCUUCUUCCGGCGUGCUUGCAGUAGCCGAGGGCAAGUAUGAGCCUAUCAACGAGGUGCCGAAGCAGGUCGAUGGUCCGGCGAAGGAACCCAAGCCAGCUCCAUCACCGAUCCCCCAAAGCCACACUGGCCUCUCGCAAGACAGCCCGAGGCUCCCUAAAACGCUGUACACCGGCCCGAUCGACACUCAGUGGCCCUAUGGGUUUGCCAUGGCAGGCGGUCUCAACAACACGGGCAACACAUGCUUUCUCAACAGCGCAUUACAAUGUCUACUGCAUACUCCGCCACUCUUGAACAUUGCAUUGAAACACUCUCAGCAGGGUAACCCUUGUGGAUGUCCUAAAAGUCACCAUUGCAUGAUCUGCGCCUUCCGUUAUCUUAUGAUGGACGCGCAUUCAAAGAAGUUCUCCACUACACCGAACCUCAUCAUUUCCAAGCUGUCCAUGAUUGCAAAGCACAUGCGUCGAGGAAGACAAGAAGACUCGCACGAAUUUCUCCGAUAUUUUGUAGACUCCUUGCAACGCUCUACGCUAGCGGCAGUUCCUCAGAAAGUCGACCAAAAGCUCGCUGAGAAAACAUGGGUGUAUGGCAUUUUUGGUGGUAUGCUCCGCUCCCGCGUCAAGUGCUUGUCCUGCGGCUACAACAGCGAUACGUACGACCGGAUGAUGGACCUCAGCGUUGACAUAGCCGGCGUCGGGACCCUUCGGGAUGCGCUAAGAAUGUUCACCGCUGUGGAUCAUCUGAAGGGUGCCAACAGGUACAAAUGCGAGAAGUGCAAGAAACUCGUCAAUGCGGACAAACAGUUCACCGUACAUGAAGCGCCUUUGGUACUCACCAUCCAUCUUAAGCGGUUCUCGCCCAUGGGCCGCAAGAUCGGCCAUCCCGUUCGCUACGAAGAGCGCAUAUCUUUGGACUCGCUCAUGAGCGACAGUCAAUUCGGCCCAUCAUACUCAUUGUAUGGCAUUAUCUCCCACGCCGGUGGUGGCCCCAACUCUGGCCAUUACUACGCCCAUGUCAAGAGCGCGGGUGGGCAGUGGUACGAGAUGAAUGACGACUCUGUCUCGCGCCAUGCUGGUCCCCCGACUGGUCUCAAGAACGCAUACGUCCUCUUCUAUAUGCGCGACAAGGGCCAGGCCCUUGAGGCUGCUGUUAACAUCACUCCUUCCACUUCUGCUCACACACUCAAGCCGGGUUUGGUCGCGAACAUGAAGAAGCGGAAAGCGUCGGAGGGCGGUCCCGACGGCGAAAGCUCAUCGCCUCCAAAAAAGCCAUUCAUUGGACCUGUAUUUCCUUCACACCCCCAGUCGCCGAAGAAGGCGCUUCCGGACGAAGUGCAUCCUUCGACAGAGGCCCUGAAGAAAAAGAUUGAAGGGCACAAAGCGCAACAAGAGACGAAAACCCUCGCUGCUCUUGUUGAUUACGCCGACAACAGCGACGACGAGAAUGACGUUGGUGAGAAGGUUAAUCCAGCAGAUGGCAUGGACGACGGUACGCCUCCCGUCAAUCCCCCAGCCCCUCCCACUUCUCCUCCCCCGACCUCAGCAGGGGUCGCGCCUCCUGCACCACCCUCUCCAGUGCCAUCCUCAGCGAAUCCUCCCCCGAAGGCUGCCUCCGAAAUCCCACCAUCAUCAUUCUACGGCACUAGUACACCUGCGUUGAAAUUCAACAGUCGCAAGCGAAAAACUCCCGAUGGUGACGACGAAGCAGCCUCAGUGCGGUCACCAAAUCCCUCUUCCCGACCACCCAAACAGCGCUUCUCCGUCGCGAGUCCGUUUGGUCGCUUGACCGGAAGUAACAACUUGGACCAGCGGCGAGAUUCCGGCGGGCCUCCGAAGAAUCAUGGACGACGUCGCAGAGUUUUCGGGAUAUAG